AUUUGGUUUCUUUCGACUGCCAUACAAUAUCAAAGGUUUAUCACAGUGCUUUUAUGUGCCUGAGGCACAGAUUUUCUCUUAUAUCCCGAGAUUUGCACAUUUCCAGGAUUGUUAAAUUCCGUAGCUAUUCAUCAGCAGAGCAGUAAGAAAACGACAACUGGGAUUUGCAUUAGUGAAAUUGCUGAAGGAAUUUCAGGUGUCUUGCACAUCUCCAUCAUUCGGAGGCAAGGACUUUCCUAUCGAACACCACACACGCGAUUUCUAGGUCUGUUUGACUGGCAUCGGAGCUCUUCUGACUGCACACCUGAUGCAUUUCAAGUCAAAAACGCAAAAAGUCACUGCAUCAAACAGCUGCAAAUUCAAUCGCAACCCAUGGUCGGAUGGAUUAACCUCUAGAUAAACCUGACUGGAUACUCCAGGUGUGGGCAGCACCCAAUGUGCUCACCACGUGAUGUGUGACUUCAGGAGGGCUCUGGAUUUGUUAGACCAAGUCGUGAACACCUCUGGACUCUACCACCUUUGUUUCUCCCUCCGUUUGCAGCAAGUACGGCACAGGGACUGACAUGAAGAAAGUGGCCCAGUGGUCAACGGAGGACGUGCUCCUGUGGCUGACCGAUGAGGGAAUGCAGGAAUACUCAGAGGCCUUACGCCACCUGGAUGGCCAGGGCCUCCUGCAGCUCUCUAAGGCGGACUUCCAGACGGCCCCUCUGGCCCUUGUCACCUCAGACGGAGGCAGACAGCUCCUGGACAAGAUGGAGACUCUCAGGAUAGAGCACCACAUUGAAGCACAUAAAAACGGGCAUGCCAACGGACACGCCAUCUUGGCUGUCAACAGUGAGGUUAAUGGGAACAAGCCCAAGAGGAACGGUGUGGUCAAUGAGUUCCACAAGGAGCGGGUCCAGAUCCCCAUGCCUGAGAUCACCCACUCUCCGUUUCCUGAGGAAUGGGGAAAGACAGGCGUGGCAUUCGUCUACGCCAUAAUCUGCUUCAUCUUUACCACCAUCAUGAUCUCCGUGGUCCACGAACGCGUGCCUGCCAAGGAGGCCACUCCACCCCUGCCAGACAAGUUCUUUGACUUUUUCGGCAGAGUAGACUGGGCCUUUUCUAUAUGCGAAAUCAACGGCAUGAUACUGGUCGUCCUGUGGCUUCUACAGUGGGCACUGUUAAAAUAUAGGUCCAUCGUUGGUCGGCGGUUCUUCUUUAUCGUUGGCACACUCUACCUAUACAGGUGUAUCACCAUGUACAUCACCACACUCCCCGUGCCAGGGAUGCAUUUCAAGUGCUCUCCUAAGCUGUUUGGUGACUGGGAGUCCCAAAUGAGCAGAGUGAUGAAGAUGAUUGCAGGAGGAGGCCUGACCAUCACUGGCUCCCACCACAUGUGUGGAGACUACCUUUACAGUGGCCACACAGUCAUGCUGACACUCACCUAUCUCUUCAUUAAAGAGUAUUCCCCAAAAAAGUUAUGGUGGUACCACUGGAUCUGCUGGCUGCUCUGUGCUGUGGGACUCUUCUGCAUUCUCCUGGCUCAUGACCACUACUCCAUAGACGUGGUGGUGGCUUACUUCAUCACCACACGCCUAUUCUGGUGGUACCACACCAUGGCCAACCAGCAAACGCUAAAGGCAUCAUCGCAGAGCAACUUUUUCUCAAGGGUGUGGUGGUACCGAUUUUUCCAGUACCUUGAACAGAAUGUCACAGGCAUCGUCCCUCGGAACUACCAGAUGCCACUGUCAUGGCGACCGGCCCAGUGGAGUCAAGUGAAGUACAGCCGGAUCGACACUGAGUGCCCGUGACAGGAGGAAGAGACACCUCCCAGAAGGACAUGGUGGUAGGACUCUUAACGACACUCCUCAAAGUGCCAUAUCUAAUCACAAGAAGAUGCCCUAUCAAUCAAACUCUGAAGUUGUUCCAUUUCCCUUUAGCAUUCUCCUGUAACGCACACUCCAGUCCAACUGGCUAGCACUGUGACCAACCAUAAUUUCAGCCAAAACAUUUCACAUUGGAAAACAAUCAUUUUAUCAUCUACUCUGAAAGCUAUAAGGGUUUCCAGUGGGUGGAUUGAAAGCAUUUCAUUGGCAGGUCAAGAUCUAGUUUAGCUAACAAUAGGACAUGUAAGUCUAUAGGUCAAUGCCAAUAUCUCCCUCUGUAAUUGUUACAGAUACUCUGUUGCUGAAAUUGAAUGAAAUAAUCAUGUUUGUCUCGGCAAUUGGGCUGUUCCAAAUGUUUGGUCUUUCAUGCUAAAAUGUUUUACCAAGUUUUGGUUCAAAGACGUGCUGUAGUGUUGAGAACUGACCUGUCAUGAAGCAGGAGGCACCUUUUGUAGUGCAAACCAUUUUAAAAGUAUAUAACCAACGUGGUCUCGUAGCAUUUCGUAUUAUUCUGUAUGUAAAUCCGAGACACUCCAUUUAGUAUGGGCCCUCCUGUAGCUCA